AUGAAUGUGAGUAGUAUGUAUCAUUAGACUUUCAACAAAUCUGGAAAUCAUGCUGGGAUACUCCAAGAAAUCAGUCAAAAUAAUAACCAGCUCAUGGCAAGCUAUUCAACUGAUAAGUAAAGUCCUUUAGAAGCUAAGAUUCAAACGAAAUGGAGUAAUGAACUCUAAAACGAGCUAAUCAGUGAGCUAAAGCAUAAUCUAAACUAAGAAACUCAGAUUAAUCAGGAUUUAAGAUUAAAAUUGGAGCAAAUUGCGAGAAAGCAUCUAAUUGAUAAAGAAAACCUCGACACUGAAAAGAACUAAUUGAACUAAAAACUUCAACAAGUAAACAUGCAUAUGCAAUAGCUAAUGCAAGAAAAUGUCACUUUAAAGAAGUAAAAUGUUUACUUAGAAAGAACCAAUAAAGAAUUUACUCAUAAAAAUAAAGUUUAUCAAAACUAGUUAACAUAAUUAAGGGCAUUUGUUGUCCACUUAACCUCUGAUCUUGAUGCUCAUAAAAAGAAAGAUUUCAGAUAUCCAUUAGCAAUUGACUGCAAUGAUAAAAAUCUGAUUAUACUCAGAUAAGAUCUUGAGAGAUUACAGAAUGAGUCUAAAAGACAUCUUAAUGAUUUAAAAAUUAUUACUUCAAAAUUUGAAUAAAGUCAGGAGGCACUCAACGAAUCUAAAUUAUAAAUAAAUAAGCUUAAGAAAGAAUCGAAUGUCCUUAUAUAACAACUUAAAAAUCAGUUAAUAGGAGCAGUAAGAAGAAUCAAUUAUCUCAUUGAAGAAAAGAAAAAAAUAGAAGAAGAAAUUACAAAGCGAGCAAAAUAUACAGCUAAACUUGAGCUAAAAAUAGUGCAGGAAAACUUGAAUAACAAAGGACUUAGAUAAAAAGUUUAGAACUUAUAAGACGGUUAGCAUGAAGCUAAAAUAAGAGAAUAACUUGAUGAUUUCGAUAAGUAGUACUGUAUUUAAUCAAACAACAUUAUGUCACAAUCAUAGAAAAUAAGUUCUAUAAAAGAAUAAAAGAGGCCAAAUACUACUCUUAAAACUGUAGGAGUAAACAUUCCCAUAUCUGGAAGAAGAUAAUCUUAAAGUCGACAGAUGAAUUAAUCAUAGAAUUUAUCUACAAGGAGAACUUUAAAUCUCUAAAGUGUUCAAAAUGAUGUUUAACUGCCAUUUAUUCAAUUCACAAUGCCUCAAACAGUUUCAUCUCCAAUUAUUAAUUCUAAAUCUCAUUCAAGGUCUCAAAGCUAAUCAAGGCCAACAGUUACUAUCAAUCCCUAUUAAAAUUAGAUGAACUCAAACUCCAAAUAAGGGAAUGACUUGACUCCUAAAAAAUUUGAAAAUCAAAAUAAUAAUUUGGUAGGCAACAGCUAAAAUCUUAAUAUGAAUAGUUCAAACCAAAAUAUUUUGAGUGAAUGCCUAAGUUAAUCUGAUCAUCUAAACUAACCAGCUAUCAUCAAUUAGAACACCUAUCUUAUGUAAUAAGCUUUAAAUAAUCAUCAGAGAUAGUAGAUUAGUUAAAUUAAUGGAAAUAACAAUUGUAAUUUCUAAGAUAUGCAAAGUAUUGAGGACAUGUUUGCCAGUAUGGAUAGACAGGUAUAAGCUUACUACUAACUUUAGCAAAAUAUUGAAGUUUAUGAUGAGCAAGAAAAGUAGGAAACCGCAGAAUCUAUGAACUGGCCUAGAUCAACUCAGAGUAUUAACAUGAAUACUAACUACAAGUAGAAAUUUGAAAAUGAAGAUGAAGAUGCAUUCGAUCAAGAGGUUUAGAUUGUAAAUAGCAAGGGAAGUUUUAUCGUCAAUGGUAACGCCAGCAACUCAACACCAAUUAAUCUCAAUUAAAAAUAGUAUUACAAUCAAAACUUCAAUGACAUUGAUGAUGACAUGAGGCUAGAUGAUUUUUAACCCCCAUGUAAUGCAUUUAAUGCAUAAAAUUUCCUUGGAGGUAAUGUCAUUGAGGAAACCACUGAGGAGGAAAACGAUUCAUGCAACUACUGA